AUGAGCUCUCCAGACUACAAGAGGAGGAAGAAAGAUGCAAGAAGUAAAUUUAGAAAACUGUGGAAAAAAAGAGGAGAAGUGUUAAACGGACAAAACGAUAAAAACGGAGAAGGAAGCGCAUCAAACCAAUAUAAUCUGAAUAAUUCCAAGGAUUUUCCACUGUUAAACGGCAAUACAGAAGUCAAAAAGGUCCACGUGCCGAAAAUUAAAUACGCUUUAGCAUUUGGGUACAUUGGGACAAACUACCAUGGAUACCAGAAACAAGUGGAGUAUAAAACAGGCAUAAUGGACAAAGUUAAAACAGUGGAAGGAACAGUGGAAAACUGCUUAAUCAAGAUAGGAGCAAUAGACGAAAGCCUCAGAAACAUGAAUCAUAAGCUACAAAUGUCAAAGUCGUCAAGAACAGACAAGGGAGUACACGCAGCGUGUAUAUAUAUAGGAGGACGCUUCAACGUAAACAUAGAAGAAAAAAAGUUGGAAGUGACGGAAACGAGCAGCGAAAAAGAAACAGAAUGCAGCGAAGACAUCGAAGAUGAGGAGUUGAGUGAAAAUAGUACAGUUGUUAGAAAAAAGUUGAGUAGUGACUUGGCGAAAGAAGAAGCAGAAGACGAAGUAAAAGUAGAAAUAAAAGAGCCGUCGAAGGAGGAGUUGUUUAUAAAAACAUUGAAUGCAGUGCUGCCUGAAGAUAUAAGGUGUUUUAAAAUACAAAGAGUGACAAAGGGAUUCGAUGCCAGGAUAAUGUGCUCAAAAAGAAAAUAUGAAUACCUUCUGCCAGUAUGGGUGCUGUGUAGAAAAUUUGAGUUCCCAAACGAAGAACACGAAGGCAUAUAUAAGAGGCUGGAAAGUUACAUGGAGGAAAAUAUGAAUAACAAAGAAAAUGUUAAAGCAUAUAAGUCAGAGGAGGCACUGUACGAAGAACAGGGGAAGUACGUGGAGGUGGAAGAAUAUCUGGAAAAACUGAGACAAAUACUAAAGCAAUACGAAGGAACGAAAGACUUUCAUAAUUUUACAGUAAAGCAGAGGCUGGAAACGAAGAACACACAAAGAUAUAUAGAAAAGAUUAAGGUAAAAGAGGAGGAAAUAGAAGGAAUGAAGCUGGUGAGAAUAACAAUACAGGGACAGUCGUUCCUAUAUAACCAAAUAAGGAAGAUGAUAUGCCUGGCGCUGCAGGAGUACCUGGCAGUGGCCCCGAAGAACGCAGUCAAGUACGCGCUGAAGAAAAGCGCAACGCUCAACAUCAACACAGUGCCCUCAGAAGGACUAAUACUGCACCACCCAUGUUAUGAUACGUACAACGCUACGAGAUGUAGUAUGGCGAAUAUACCAUACAUAGAGUACAAGGAUAUAAAACCGGAAGUAGAAACGUUUAAAAGGCAGUACAUAUACGCGGAAGUAAAAAAGUCAAUAUGUUGUAAAAUAUGGGAAGGAUGGUUGGAAACAGUAAAAACGUACCCGUUCUAUCUUGAAAAUAAAAUAACACCCAAUGGGGAAGAUGUAAAGUAG